AUGGAGUUUUCUCAAGCUAAACUAGCAAGAUUCAGUAGAAAGCAACAACUAAAGAAGCAAGCAAAGAAUAACAAUGUCUCAUCUUCAGAAAAUGUUAGACCAAUGGAUGCAACCCAAAGAAAGAAUUCAAGGUUUGAUGGAAUGAGCUCAAUAACACAAGAUUCAAUGGAAAGAUCUUAUUCAAAUUUAGAGAAUGUUCAACCAAUGGACAUAAGUCCCAACUACAAUAUUGUUUGCAACACUCCAAUUGCUAAGAGGAAAGCAGAUAGGAUUCCUCUAUCACCUUUGAAUCCAGGUUCUAUUCUCACAACAAAUUCAUCUCAAAACGUGAAUUCAACCAUACCAUCUAAAAGAAUCCGAACUCCAAAUCCUAAGUACUUUUCUCCUACGUCAUGUUUCUUUAAUUCUCUCACCGAGGAUUCAGUCAUUACCUCAAAAUCAAGACAACCAAGUCAAUAUCAAAAAGGAUCCACUUCGGCUUCUAAUAAUAAAGUGAACAAUUCAGCUUACUCUGAGGUUAUCAAUCCAACUUUCAAAAGUUCGGAUGGAAAAUACUCCAGGAAAUUUCCACUACACUCUAAAUAUAUCGGUGUUCAAAGAUUGGAUUUUGAGGAUGACACACAAGCAGGUUCUUCUGUUGACGUGGAUAAUAAUGUUGAUCAUUUCAAAUCAACUUGCUAUGCAGCUUCUGAAAUCGAGCCUAUCCUUAAUUUUGGACUUCCUGAAUUUACAUGCACAAAGUGCUUUGCUGAAAUGUGGUAUGAGGAAAGAUCAGAAAAAACAAGAAAUGGUCUUCAAAUUGAAUUUUCCAUGUGUUGCCAAAAAGGAGAAGUUAAGUUGCCUCUUUUAAAGAAACCUCCGAAACUAUUGAUGGAUUUAAUUAGUGGUCAAGAUCGUAGGAGCAGACAUUUUAAGGAUAACAUUAGAGCUUACAAUAGCAUGUUUGCAUUUACUUCCAUGGGUGGUCAAAUAAAUGAUAAAAUCAACGAUGGCUUAGGACCUCCGCAAUUUAUAUUAGGUGGUCAAAAUUACCAUAGAAUUGGUUCUCUGUUACCUGAGGUAGGAAUGACUCCGAAGUUUGCACAGUUGUAUGUGUAUGAUACGGAGAACGAAGUGAAUAACAGAGCUGCAUGUUUUAGGUCUGAUAAGAAACAAAAAGAUCCCAUUGAUCGCACUUUAGUUAAAGACCUUCAGCAUAUGGUAGAUAAUUACAAUGGUCUUGCCCAAGCUUAUAGGAGAGUCAGAGAUGCACUACAAAAUGGCAGUGAAUGUCAACUAUCUCUAAGAUUAUAUCGAAACCGUGAAAAAGAUUCAAGAAUGCAUAAUAUUCCUACGGCUGAUGAGGUGGCAGGUUUGAUUGUAGGAGAUUUUGAUGAUUCUGAUAUUGGAAGAGAUGUAAUUGUCAAUGAAAGGAAAUAUGGAUUGACAAGGAUUCAUGAAACUCAUGUGUUGUUCUUGCCUCUUCAAUAUCCUUUACUCUUUCCACGUGGUGAAAAUGGUUGGGAACCAGAUAUUCCACGUUUUUUUACAGAAGAAGUAUCAAAGGAAAAAAAGAGAGAGAGAGUUUCAAUUAGAGAAUUUAUUGCUUUUCGACUUCAAGAUAGAAAAGUUGAAUUUGGCAACAUUCUUUAUGGUAAAAGGUUGUUUCAACAGUUUGUUGUUGAUUGUUACACCAUGUUAGAAGCCCAACGCCUGUCAUUCAUAAGAGAAAACCAAUCCAAAAUCCGUAAUGAUGUUCUUAGUGGUCUACAAGAAGCUGUUGAUAGAGGUGAUGUAGAUGCGUCUUUAGUAGGGAAGCGUGUUAUUAUUCCUGAUUCUUUCACCGGAGGUCCAAGAUAUAUGUUCAAUAAUUGUCAAGAUGCUAUGGGAAUUUGUAAGAGGUUUGGUUAUCCUGAUCUAUUCAUCACAGUUACAUGUAAUGCAAAUUGGCCAGAAAUACGCGACUUCAUUCGUCCUAAAGGUUUUCAACCAUCUGAUCGACCUGAUAUCGUCUGUAGAGUGUUCAAGAUGAAGUUAGAUCAAAUGUUGAUUGACUUCAAAAAAAAUCAGAUAUUCGGCAAGGUCAUAGGAGGCAUGUAUACCGUUGAGUUCCAAAAGAGAGGACUACCACAUUUAAUCUCUGCUGAAAUUCCUCAUCCUAAAUUAUAUCCAAAACUCCAUGCUGUGGUUACUUCAUAUAUGAUUCAUGGUCCAUGUGGCAAAUCUAAUCUCAGUUCUCCUUGCAUGAAUGGCACGCUUCAAUGCUCAAAAUUCUUUCCAAAGAAAUAUAAAUCAUCCACAAGUAUUGAUGAGGAUGGAUAUCCGUCGUACAGGAGACGUGAUACCGGAGUAGUUGUAGAAAAGAGUGGAGUGAAGCUGGACAAUGGCUUUGUUGUUCCCUACAAUCCAUUUCUUUUGAUGAGGUAUCAGGCUCAUAUUAAUGUUGAAGCUUGCAAUAAGUCCAAUGCCAUCAAGUACUUAUUUAAAUAUGUUAAUAAAGGUCAUGACCGGUCAAAUAUUGAGAUUUCAAAUGGCAAAAGGGUUGCAAAGAACACUGAAUGUGUUGAUGAAAUAAAAAAAUAUUAUGAGUGUCGAUAUUUAUCUCCGUCUGAAGCUGUUUGGAGACUAUUUAAAUUUGACAUUCAUCAAAAAUUUCCAGCUGUUAUUAGAUUGUCUAUUCAUUUAGAAAAUCAACAAUGUGUCAAGUUUGAUGAUAACAGUAAACUUCAUAAUGUCGUGAGUUACCAUGAAAUGAUCGACACAAUGUUUCUUGCUUGGUUUAAUGCAAAUACUCAGUAUGAGGAAGGCCGUGAUCUGACUUAUGCAGAAUUUCCUUCAAAGUUUGUUUUUCAUCCUAGAGAUCACCGUUGGGAACCAAGGAAGAAGGGUUUUAGCAUCGGAAGACUUUCAUAUGUGCCUGUUGGAGCGGGUGAACUGUAUUACUUGAGAGUUUUGUUGACAAAAGUCAGGGGUUGCACAAGUUAUGAAAGUAUCAAAACGGUGAACGGAAAAUUAUGCAAAACAUUUCAAGAGGCAUGCAGUGAACUGGGCCUUUUAAAAGAUGAUCAGGAAUUCAAAGAUGGACUUAUCGAAGCUUACGAAACAGCUACAGGUGGUCAGAUGAGAAGGUUGUUUGUUAGAUUAUUGAACAUGAAUACAAUGAGUAAUCCAUACGAUGUUUGGCUCUCUACUUGGCAUUUAUUAGCCGAUGGUAUACUUUACAGUAAAAGAAGAGAACUAAAUCUUCCAGAAUUGCAAUUAAGUGAUGAAGAGUUGCAAAAUCUCUGUCUCAUUGAGAUUCAAAAAUUGUUGCUUUUAAAUGGAAGAACAUUAAGUGAUUACAAGACCAUGCCUGUACCAGUAGAUGGAGAUGUCAAUAAUUUUGAAAAUAGACUCAUAGCAGAGGAACUGAGCUACAAUAGAGAUGAAUUAGGUGUUCUGCAUGCAAGUUUAGUUGAGCAAUUAACUGAAGAGCAACUUUCUGUCUAUCAAAAGAUCAUGACUUCUGUUUUGUCUGAAACCGGUGAGUUUUACUUUUUGUACGGAUAUGGAGGUACCGGGAAGACUUUCUUAUGGAGGACACUAUCAGCUGCCUUAAGAUCUCAAGGUAAAAUUGUGCUUAAUGUUGCUUCCAGCGGAAUUGCUUCACUGUUGCUUCCUAAUGGAAAAACCGCUCAUUCAACUUUUUGUAUCCCAUUAGAAAUAAAUGAUAAAUCUACUUGCAAUGUUAAACAAGAUUGUCAUAGAGCCAAUUUGUUGAGAGCAGCAAGUCUAAUCAUAUGGGACGAAGCUCCCAUGAUGAAUCGAUAUUGUUUUGAAGCAUUUGAUCGUACAAUGAGGGAUUUGAUGUCGAAGGUAGAUAAGGACUUGAACACUAAGCCAUUCGGUGGAAAGGUUGUUGUUUUAGGUGGAGACUUUAGACAAAUCUUGCCUGUAAUUAGGAGAGGUACAAGAGGAGAUGUUGUGAAUAAAACAUUGUGCUCAUCAAAAUUAUGGAAGCAUUGCAAUGUUUUAGAGUUGACAAAAAAUAUGAGGCUGAAAGGUGAUUCCGCGGACAAGUCACAAUCUGAGCUUAAAGAAUUUGCUGAUUGGAUUUUGAAAAUUGGAGAUGGACUCAUAGAUUCAGAUGAAAAUGGAGAGGCCCAAAUUCAAAUUCCCGAAGAUUUGUGUAAUUUAGAAGUCGAUGACCCGUUGCUUUCUUUGGUUAAUUUUGUUUAUCCAGAUGUUGUAACCAAUUAUGGGCAACCAGCUUAUUUUGAAGAUCAAGCAAUACUUGCUCCGACUUUAGAAGUUGUUGAAGAUGUAAAUGAUUAUGUGUUGUCUCUGAUUCCCGGUGAAGAAAAAACCUAUUUUAGUUGUGAUACACCGUGCAAAUCUGAUGAAGAUUAUGAAGUUCAAAGCGAUUGGUUUACAUCAGAAUUUUUGAAUGACAUUAAAUGUUCCGGGAUACCUAAUCAUCGCUUGACACUAAAAGUUGGUGUUCCUAUUAUGUUGUUGCGAAAUAUUGAUCAAGCUGGCGGACUUUGUAAUGGUACUAGACUACAAGUUAGGGAUUUGGGGAAGAAUAUUAUAAAAGCAACGUUUAUCAAUGGAAAACAUGCCGGUGAAACUGUUUUUCUUCCAAGAAUGGACUUGAUACCUACUGAUUCAGGUCUGCCUUUCAAGUUUGGCCGCCGUCAAUUUCCUAUAAGCUUGUGUUUUGCAAUGUCAAUCAACAAAAGCCAAGGACAGUCUAUGUCAAAGGUCGGACUUUAUUUACCUCGGCCGGUUUUUACACAUGGUCAGCUCUAUGUAGCCAUUUCUAGAGUUACAACCAAGAAAGGAUUGAAGAUGCUUAUUUUAGAUGAAGAUGGAAAGCCUUGCACCACCACUCUAAAUGUGGUAUUUCCUGAGAUUUUUGAAUCCUUGCAUAACAUAGUUUAUAACAUAAUUAAUGACUUAUAUUUUGACUCUCUCAUGAGGAAGUGUCCAUCUCUUAUGGUCAAUGUAAUGUCAUGUGUCUAA